GAGACAAAAAAUAAAUAUAGAAUCCAAUAAGCAAAAACCAUCAUUCUUCACUACCAAUGGAGAUCUCAUUGCUGCUUCUUCUAGCCCUAAUAUACACCGCUGCAACAUACUUCAUUUCAAAAAUAGCCAAAAUUGGACAACGGCGGGAGCAGAAGCUCCCGCCAGGUCCAAAACCAUGGCCGAUAAUAGGCAACUUGAAUCUCCUCGGCCCAAUCCCCCACCAAUCCCUCCACCAUUUAUCCCAAAAAUACGGAGAAAUAAUGCUACUGAAAUUCGGAAAAUUCCCAGUCCUUGUCGCCUCGUCCCCCGAGAUGGCCAAACAGUUCCUUAAAGUCCACGACGCCGUCUUCGCCUCAAGACCCUCCUUCGCGGCCUCCAAACAUGUCAGCUUCAACUACUCUGACGUCGGCUUCUCUCCCUACGGCCCCUACUGGCGGGAGGCGCGUAAAAUAUUCAUAACCAAAGUGCUGAGCGCCCGAAAAGUCGAGAGCUUUGAGCCCAUCCGUGUCGAGGAGAGGCGCCGGUUGCUCUCCCGUUUAAUGUCGUUAUCGGGAAAACCGGUUGAGCUGAGAGAGCAUUUGUUGGGCUUCACUCUCUCGGUUGUAUCGAAGAUGGUUUUCAAGGAGAAGUAUUUUGGAGAUAAAGAAGAUAAAUCCGUUUUAGACAUGGAUGAGAUGAGUGAGAUAGUGAGGGAGUGGCUUGUGCUACAUGGAGCGUUUAAUAUUGGGGAUUGGAUCCCGUGGGUUGACUUUCUCGAUUUACAGGGCUAUGGGAAGAAGAUGAGGGCUUUGCGAAGGAAAAUGGAUGGAUUUUGUGACUACGUGAUUGAUGAUCAUUUGGAGAGAAGAGGCGAAGGUAAGGAAGAUUUUGUGGAUGUUUUGCUGCAGAGAGCUGAGGAGGAAGAUGGAGUUCGAUUCACGAGGGAUUCUGUCAAGGCGUUAACCAUGAAUUUGUUGGUUGCCGCCGUAGAUACCUCAGCUGGAACGAUCGAAUGGGUUAUGCUCGAACUCCUCAGGCACCCGCACAUUAUGGAAAAGGCGAAAGCAGAGCUCAACGAAGUGGUUGGGAGAAAUAGAUGGGCCUGA